GCGAACACUUUCAUCACCGGCGCCGGAAAUUUCGUCUGAUAUUGAUCACUGCAAAGUUAGCGAGCUAACUGUAUUGACUUUAUCGACGGACGUAAUUUCGUAAAUGUAUAUAAAAAUCAAAAUGCACUCACCAGCUUGUGAUUAGCGAGACGGCUCGUUUGCUAGAGAAGUUUUCUUUCAGAGACUUUGCUGCCAGCCGAGAUGCCUGCCCUGUGAGUGCAAGACAGGGCAUGAUGCUGCGUGGGCUGGGCCAGGGUCAUGGAGAAACGAAUCAAUGCGGCCGAGGCGCGGCAACCCUCUCAUCUCCUCAGCGCACCCACCGGCUCCGAGUCGCCACAGCAUGACGCCGACCAGGGCAGGGACGGGAAAGCUGUGGGGUUUGUGCUGGUGCACGCAGGGGCUGGUUACCACUCAGAAUCCAAAGCCAAGGAAUAUAAACAUGUCUGCAAGAGAGCCUGCCAGCGGGCAGUGGAGAAGCUGAAGGCUGGUGCCAUGGCAGUGGAGGCAGUAACGGCAGCUCUUGUGGAGUUGGAGGACUCUCCUUUUACCAAUGCGGGGAUGGGAUCCAACUUGAACCUGUCUGGGGAGAUCGAAUGCGAUGCCAGCAUAAUGGAUGGAAAAUCCUUACAUUUCGGGGCAGUUGGCGCCUUGAGCGGCAUAAAGAAUCCAGUCUUGGUGGCAAACAGACUACUGCAGGAAGCCCAGAAAGGGAAGCUGUCGGCUGGAAGAAUUCCUCCCUGCUUUUUAGUGGGAAAAGGAGCAUAUCAUUGGGCAGUGCAUCAUGGGAUACCUCCAUGUCCUUCAGAAAAAAUGGCUACAAAGUUUAGUAUGUCAGCGUACAAGAGGAACAAACGCAAGAUGGAGCUAGCAGAGAAGGUGGAGACGGAGUACAAGCAGACAAAGAAAAGAAGACAAUCAAGUGAAAAUCAGGAGAACGACUCAGGAUCCUUGGAUACGGUCGGAGCGAUCGUGGUGGACGGGGAAGGAAAUGUGGCCGCGGCAGUGUCCAGCGGAGGCCUGGCGAUGAAGCACCCUGGCAGGGUCGGCCAGGCUGCCCAUUACGGGUGUGGCUGCUGGGCCGAGAACGCCUGGAACUUGAACCCUUACUCGACAGCCGUGAGCACCUCAGGCUGCGGGGAGCACCUUGUCCGCACCGUACUGGCGAGGGAGUGUUCGGUGGCCGUGCAGUCAGAGGAUGCUCAUCAGGCCCUGCUGGAGACUAUGCAAAACAAGUUCAUCAGUUCACCUUUCCUGGCCAGUGAGGACUGUGUCCUUGGGGGUGUCAUUGUCCUGAGGUGCUGCAGGUGUGUGGGGUCCCAGCCCCACCAGGACAUCCAGGCACUGCUAGUGGAGUUCUUGUGGAGCCACACAACGGAGAGCAUGUGCGUUGGGUACAUGUCAGCCCAGGAUGGCAAAGCCAAGACUCACAUUUCAAGACUGCCUCCCGGAGCUGUCGCUGGGCAGUCGCUGGCCAUCGAGGGCGGGGUGUGUCGCCUGGGGAGCCCAGUGGACUGAGCCCCGGCUCUUCCUCAGCAAUACGCGCACUGCGCCCAAACCGCCACCCCCCCCACCUCUCCCUGCCCCCCUGUGCAGCCUCCCAGCAGUAAUAAGCUUUAGCGACUUUCACAGGGAGACGUUAACGCGUGGCGUGGGCUUCCACUCAGUGCACUAUAGGACUCCCUGUGCAACUCCUGCAGGAAUGCUGCUCCCCACAGAAUCCCCAGCAAGUCCUCACCUAUGGUUCCACCUGAAGUACACCUUUCAGUGCAUCUGUUUCCAAAACCUCUUAU